AAACGAUACAAAUAUUCUUUCAUGACAGCGAUUUUCACUCGCUAGUCAAAAAUGACAAUCAGAAAUGAGAAAUGUCAAAGCACAGGUGUAAACUGAAAAGAAAAAGAUACAAAGCAAAAGCAAGAUAACCAUGAAACAAGAUGAACACCGGCGAUUGUUAUGGCAGCUGCCCCGCCUGCUGAUGGUGUUUGGGGUGCUCAUAACCAUGGCGGAGCCAAUGACAUCACAGUCACCUGAAAGAAUUGCGAUAAAUUAUUGUAGUCAAUACAGACCUGUUGACGCAGAGAACUUCUUGAGCAACCUUAACUCCACCAUGUCUAGCCUCCGCCAGCAGUUAUCCAUCACCAGGUUUGCAGCAGCUCGUGGUUUGCUUAAUGGUGCGCCAGUGUACGGCCUUGCUUGGUGCAGAGGAUAUGUUUCCAUCCCAGAUUGUCUGAAUUGUUUCAACAACGGUGUAAGUCAGCUAAACAGAUGUGGGGUUGCUAAUGGUGCUAGUGGUUUUUACAACGACUGCGAUGUCAGAUAUGAGAACUAUAAUUUCUUCACCGAGUUUAAUCAACUGGAUCAAUACCUAUUAUGUGUUAACAAAACAUCGGCCAACCCAACAGAGUUCCAAAGAACAGCAGAAAGGUUGAUAUCUGACCUUCAAAUUGCUGCCUCAAGAACAUCGAACUUGUAUGCAGUUUCUAUAAGGAAAUUAGAAACUGGUGGUAAUGCUAUGGUGUAUGGAAUUGCUCAAUGUCAUUUAAAUUUAAGUCGGAGUUCUUGUCUACAAUGCCUAAAGUGGAGAUCCAAAUCUUUAUCUGAUUGUCUUCCGAGAACUUCUAGUUGGGCAAUCGACUAUGGAUGCUUCAUGAGGUAUUCCACGACUCCACUUUUUGGACAUAACCAGACAUCUGAUCUUACAUCUCUCCUUUGGGAUGGAGAUUCAUACAAGAAGAAAUCCAUAAUUGGGGGAGUUGUUGGAUGUGUAAGUUUUUUGUUACUCACACUUGCAUUUUACUUAUGGCGUCGCAAAUCCAAAAACACAAGUAGAGACAAACAAGAUAUAUCAACUGGAUCAACCGAAUUGCUGCAAGGUCCAGCUACUUAUAGCUACAACGAUUUAAAAGUAGCAACCGAUAAUUUCAGUGACCAGAACAAACUUGGAGAAGUGUUUGUAGAAGUAUACAAGGGAACUCUCAUGGAUGGUUGUGUAGUUGCAAUUAAGAAAACCUUUAUGGCCUCUAGUAGAGGAAAGAAACAGUUUGAUGAUAAACUUAAGAUCAUAAGUAAUAUACACCAUCGGCAUCUUCUACGUAUUCUUGGAUAUUGUACAAAAGGCACACAAUUAUUUCUUGUCCAUGAGUACAUGGAAAAUGGUAGCCUUGACCACUUCCUUUUUGGUGAGAAAAAAAGGAUUCUGAACUGGAAACAAAGGUUUGAAAUAAUCUUUGGUAUAGCAAGGGGUCUUUCAUAUCUACAUGAACAGUAUCAUGUUCCCAUCAUCCAUACAGAUAUAAGAACCAGCAACAUUCUACUUGAUAGUGAAUUUCAGCCGAAAAUAGCAAAUUUUGGGCUUAUAAGACUGCUACCAGAGGAUAAGACUCAUCUCAGCACAAAAUGCACAGGAUCCUUCAGGAAUAGUGGUUAUGUUGCACCUGAAUAUGCAAUUUAUGGGCAAUUAUCUGAGAAAGUUGAUACAUACAGCUUUGGUGUGGUAGUCCUAGAAAUCAUUAGUGGAAAGAGAUACAAGGAUGUUGACUACCAAUUAGUCACUCAAAAUCUCCUUGAUCAUGCAUGGGAUCUACAUGAGAGUGGAAAGCAUCUGAAUUUAAUGGAUGAGAAACUAGAUCCUAGUGAAUAUGUAGUAGAACAUGUUGUGGAGAUCAUUAAGAUAGCAUUGAUGUGCACUCAACCACCAUCAACUAGACCUGAAAUGUCUGAAGUGGUUAUGCUUUUAAGUGAAAAAUCUCUUCAAGAAAGAGCACCAGUCUUGUCUGCCAUUCUGGAUGAUCAGGUGGAGAUUGAACUAGCUACCAUGGAAUCACUGGCGACCAAUGCCACUGCCUCUACCUUUCAACUUUCAGGCAGUUGAAUUUUCUAUUCUUAAAACAUAUUCUACUUUUACUUUGUAGGAAUAUACAAAACAGAAUCAUUGGAAAUUCAUGUAUAGAUGUCGGUACUGAAAGAAGAAAUAAGCAGUGUGCUGAUAAAAUGAAUAUGCCAAACAAGAAUACACACUUUUUCAUAAAUAGCAAACUUUACAAUGAAUUCAUAAAAGUAGGUCAAAAUUUCAAGUUCCAGCUAAUCAUGUUGAAAUAUGCCUCCAAAAGUCCAGGUUGUGUUAGCAGCUCAUCUGCCUUGACAGUUUUGCUGCCUUAUCGGCGUCGAAGUCGUAAGCUUCAGACUCCUCAAAUUUGGACCUAGCAGUUUGGAAGAGUACUUGAGUUUCGUUCUUGGAGUUAUCUAUCCAUAUUCUUUAGGCACAUGUUUCUUAUUAAUUAAGGAAUUGAUGUCUAAAUAAAGGAUAACUCUUCUCUCUCGAUACCAUAGUUACAUGGUAAGGUCUCUUGUAAUAUAAAUGUUGAAUCUUGGUGUUCCUUUUAUUUCUUCUUAUUUGUUUUUCGUUACUUCAUAUUGAUGAAUUAUUAACAAUCCAUAUUUUGUUUCAAACAUUAUC